AUGCAGAACACCUUUUAUAACGGCUUGACUGGAAGACAGCUACUCAAAAAGAAGUUUAAUCUCUGCGAUGAUUUUGACGAGAACAAUCUCACCAAAUCCAAGCAAUUCUUCUUUUCAAACAUCAUCAGCUAUUUUCAAGACAUCAAUCAGUACUCUGGCGAUAACAGGAACGCUGCCACCCGUAAUGGACUGGGAAUACCUAAGGCGUGCGUGAUUAUGACGAACUCUUCGUUAGGAGACGAAAUGGAUCGGGUGAAGCAAGUUCUGGACUGGUACACAGUGACAAAUGGUGGGAAGAUUGGAUGCUAUGACAACAGUUACAGCAAGUAUCUCAAAAAGUACACGGACACCUCUUACACUGAUAUCGAUGACGUCGUCGGCAGUGAAGACUUUUUUCAGCCAGCCGGAUGUGGACAAACUUUGACAGCGACGGAUAAGAAGCAAUUCCUAAUCAAUAAACUCGGUCACGGACAGGUCCCGUCCGAUAUGCGCGAUGACUACCAAUUCUGCAAUUACUGGAUUGAAGCUCCUGAAGGAAAAAGAAUUGAAGUUAAGAUCAACGCGAUUUCACACGGCUAUGAUCACGAAGGCUGCGUUUUGGGGGGUGUUGAAAUUAAUCCAGUGAGGACCAAACGCGAACUGGCUACAGGUGAAUUCUGCUCAACCAAGGAUAAAAAUACAGUUCUUGUUUCGGCCACAAAUCGUAUGCCUGUGAUCAUGUUCAAUAGAUCCGGUGAACAGCAAAUCAUUCUAGAGUACAAAAUCGUAUCAUGA